AUGGUUUUGUCUGAUAAGGAGUUAUUUGCCAUAAAUAAGAAAGCCGUCGAGCAAGGUUUCAAAGUGAAGCCUAGAUUGAACUAUAAUACGGUCAGUGGUGUGAACGGUCCAUUGGUCAUUUUGGAAAAAGUCAAGUUCCCACGUUACAAUGAAAUUGUUAAUUUGACAUUGCCAGAUGGAACCGUGAGACAAGGUCAAGUUUUGGAAAUUAGAGGAGAUAGAGCCAUUGUGCAAGUGUUUGAAGGUACAUCUGGUAUUGAUGUCAAGAAGACUACCGUGGAAUUCACCGGUGAAAGUUUGAGAAUUCCUGUGUCUGAAGACAUGUUGGGUAGAAUCUUUGACGGUUCUGGUAGACCCAUUGACAACGGUCCUAAAGUUUUUGCAGAGGACUAUUUGGACAUUAACGGUUCUCCUAUCAACCCAUAUGCUCGUAUUUAUCCAGAAGAAAUGAUUUCUACUGGUGUUUCUGCUAUUGACACAAUGAACUCAAUUGCCAGAGGCCAAAAGAUUCCAAUUUUUUCCGCAUCCGGUUUACCACAUAACGAAAUUGCAGCACAAAUCUGUAGACAGGCUGGUUUGGUGAGACCCACCAAAGAUGUUCACGAUGGUCAUGAAGAAAAUUUCUCCAUCGUGUUUGCUGCCAUGGGUGUUAACUUGGAAACUGCUAGAUUUUUCAAACAAGAUUUCGAAGAAAAUGGGUCUUUGGAAAGAACUUCAUUAUUUUUAAACUUGGCUAACGACCCUACCAUUGAAAGAAUUAUUACUCCAAGAUUGGCCUUGACCACGGCUGAAUACUUGGCUUACCAAACCGAACGUCAUGUUUUGACCAUCUUGACCGAUAUGUCAUCGUAUGCAGAUGCGCUAAGAGAAGUUUCCGCUGCUAGAGAAGAAGUUCCAGGUAGAAGAGGUUAUCCUGGUUACAUGUACACAGAUUUGUCCACGAUUUACGAAAGAGCUGGUAGAGUAGAGGGCCGUAACGGAUCCAUCACUCAGAUACCUAUCUUGACAAUGCCUAACGAUGAUAUCACGCAUCCAAUUCCGGAUUUGACAGGGUACAUUACCGAGGGUCAAAUCUUUGUUGACCGUCAAUUACAUAAUAAGGGUAUCUACCCACCAAUCAACGUCUUGCCUUCGUUGAGUAGAUUGAUGAAAUCUGCCAUCGGUGAAGGUAUGACCAGAAAGGAUCACGGUGACGUUUCUAACCAAUUGUAUGCCAAGUACGCCAUCGGUAAGGACGCUGCCGCCAUGAAGGCCGUCGUCGGUGAAGAAGCGCUAUCCAUUGAAGAUAAAUUAUCUUUGGAGUUUUUGGAAAAGUUCGAAAAGACCUUUAUCACACAAGGCGCCUACGAAGACAGAACCGUUUUUGAAAGUUUGGACCAGGCAUGGAGUUUGCUAAGAAUCUACCCUAAGGAGAUGUUGAAUAGAAUCUCCCCAAAGAUUCUUGACGAAUUUUACGAUAGAGCCAGAGACGAUGCCGACGAAGAUGAAGACGAUGCCGACACAAGAAGCUCCGGUAAGAAGAAGGACGCCAGCCAAGAAGAAUCUCUAAUUUAA